GUGGAUUACGGCGGAUUACACUGACCCCCGUUCCCGUUCCGGAAAAGAACCCCAGCGAGAGGCUGUCACCCAGAGCCUGUGACGUCACUCCACCUAGCAACAAGCUACGAACUAGCUGAGGGCGGAGCCAACCCAGCAGUGGACAUUACUGGUGAAGAAACAUCUCAGUCAGUUCAGCCAGUAUCUCCAGAGAAGAAACCAUGUCUAACUUCACAGGAAAAGAGGAAUACCAGAAAUUAUUCAGCCCUAAGGCGUAUCUGAACGCCUAUUUUAGAAUGGGUGAAGGGUCUUUGGGAGACGACUAUCUACAAUUUGUACUCAGGCAGCUAGCAAAAACAUUUCAUUCAGGUAAAGUUAAAGGUGACACAUUGAUUGACAUUGGGACAGGGCCCACUAUAUACCAGCUACUAUCAGCCUGUGAAGUCUUCAAAAACAUCAUUGUCUCUGAUUUUACUGACAAAAACAGAGAGGAAUUUAAUCUAUGGCUUAAGAAUCAGCCUGGAGCAUUUGACUGGAGUCCUGUGGUGAAACAUGUAUGCCAACUGGAAGGUGGCAGGAUAUCUUACCAAGAAAAGGAAGAACGGCUGAGAGAAUGCAUAAAACAAGUCCUGAAGUGUGAUGUUCUGAUUACAAAUCCCCUAGAUCCGGUUACUAUUCCCGCAGUGGAUUGCCUCCUGAGUUGCCUGUGUCUGGAGGGAGCAUGUCAAGAUCUAGAAUCCUAUGUCACUGCAUUAAAAAAUAUUACCCAUUUAUUAAAAGUAGGUGGUUAUUUGGUGCUCGCGGGUGAUCUGGGAAACAAUUUCUACAUGGUAGGUGAAGAAAGGUUUUCUGGCCUGUGCCUCAAUGAAGCCUUUCUGAGAGAAGCCAUAACUGGGACUGGAUACGUUAUUGAAAACUUUGAGCUCUUUAUGAAGAAUGAAACUUCUGGAGAAGGCGGUGCAGAUUUUUUAGGUCAUUAUGUUAUUGUUGCUAGGAAAGAAAGAAAGGUGUGAGCGUUGUAUCCAGAAAAGGGUUCUGCACGGCAUUUCAUAGCAGCUAAUUGUCCAGUUUUUUUAGCGUUAAAAAUAGAGGUGGAUUCAAAAACAAUAGGAAAUAUGAGGGAAGGACUUAUAUUUCUCCUUCCUGCUAGAUACUCUUUUGGCUUUGGCUGCUGUAUGCUCCAAAGGAAGUUGUAUAGUUAUUUCCAGUCUGACCCCACUGCUCUCCGCUGCCACCUCUGUCAGUGUCAGGAACUGUCCGGAGCAGGAGAGGUUCGCUCUGGGAAUAUGCACUUGCUCUGUGCAGUUCCUGACACUUUGCCAAUCUGAGAAAGAGGGAUAUUCCCUUGAAAUGUAUCAUUGCCCUUUUUAUGUAUUACUUUUUUGUUUUAUUCGUUGUUAAUAAAACCUAUUGAUGCUUCUUAACAAUACAUAUGCAUUCUGUGUAUCUCUUUGGGAAUCAAGUUGAACCAGCGCCAUAUCCAGUGCAUCAUUUUUUUUCUCUCCUCUGGGAUAGUUUCUGACACUGACAGAGGUGACAACAGAGAGCACUGUGGUCAGACUGGAAAGAACCACACAACUUCCUCUGUAGUGUACAGCAGCUGAUAAGUACUGGAAGGAUUAAGAUUUUUAAAUAGAAGUCAUUUUUAAAAUUCUGUAUCAUUUUCUUGCACCAGUUAAUUUAAAAACUUAAAAAUGUUAUGGCAUUCAUAAUAAAAUUAUGAGUAAGAAAAAAAUUAUAAGUGAGAAAAAAAUUGCACAAAAAACUAAAUUUUUUUAUAAUCUGGCAUCAAAAUAUCAAUAGGUGGGUAAUAGAUGUUUUACAUCGCUGGCCAUAAAAAAUAAUAAAUAUAUAUAUAUAUAUAUAUAUAUAUAUAUAUAUAUAUAUAUAUAUUUAUGGCCAGUGAUGUAAAACAUCUUUUACAUACAUAUAUGGUAUAUAUAGUAACCUACUGGAAGGGAAUGUGCCGUCACAAAAUGAUCUAAUAAAUAUUUAAAGUGACCCUUUCUCUGUAAAAAAAACACGUCAAAAGUUUUGAUCACUCGGGGUCUUAGUGUUUAGACCCUGACCGAUCUCUACAUAUUACUGGGAGAAGUGCAUGCUAGCAUGCUUUACUCCUGGCUGGCCACGAUCCAGCUACACUGGAUGGAACCCAUAGAGUUAUAAUGGAGCCUGUUUAGUGCAGCUCGCAAUCAGCUUCUUCCAGUGAUAUCAAGAGAUCGGUCGGGGUCUUAACACUGAGACCCCGGGCGCCCAAAAGGUUUGGCAUGUCUGAUUCUAUUUUCAAUUUUUUUAUUUAAUUUCAUUUUUUUCUAUAUAUGGAGGCAGCCAUUAUGCUUGAGCUGUUUUUAACAGUAUUUAGAGAUGUGCUUAACAGCAGGUCCCAUGGACAUAGGCAGCAAGAGGCAUCUGUUCCUUUGACAUAACAAAGAUUACUGGGCAUCCUCUGUGACCUAUACAGAGGUCAAUCCAUAGAAAGGGGGAGGCUUAGCUGUGAGCUUAAGCUAUUGCCAAGAUUUUGUCUUAUCUAUACACUGAUGUCAACUUUCACUGUACUCUGGGAUGUGAUGAUAAAGAGGAGACAAAUUAAAAGUGAUAUGUACAGAACAGGAAGUUUCAAUUGAACCCCUUAAGGACCAGGACAAUUUUUGUUGCUGCACUAUUGUUUUUUCUCCUCGCCUUUUAAUAGCCAUUACUUUUAUUUUUUAGUCUACACACCAAUAUAAGGGCUUAUUUUUUUCAGGAACAAUUGUACUUUGUAAUAUCAUCAUUCAUAUUUUCAUUCAUCUGGGGUAUAACGUGAUACGGGAUAAAUAAUGUUAUAUUUUUUUUAGUUCGGACAAUUACGCAAAUAGCGAUACUAAAUAAGCUUAUUUUUAUGAUGUUUACAUAUUUUUAUAUGGAAUAUGGGAAAACUGUGGUAUGUAAACUCUUAAUAUGGAAGUUUUAAUAAACUUUUAAUAAAUAAAAGCCUUUAUUUUAAAAAAAAAUUUUACACUUUGUUGGUCCUUUAGAGGACUUGGGAGGAAUUAUUACGGUAGAUUACUCAUACAGAUCAAUGGAGUUCCAUAGAACUCCAUUGAACUAUGUGACCGGCGAUUGAUAAAGCCUUGAUAGAGCCAUGGACCGGACUACAGGAGAGGUAAGUCCUCCGGCUACUUCAGCAGUGGAUAACGAUCCAUCCCACUAGACCACCAGGGUCCAUUUAAAUCUCCCUUUAGGCGUCGCUGUCAGUUUGACAGCGGCGAUCUAAAGGGUUAAUAGCCGCCCACGGUGAUUGCCACAUGUCAGCUGUUAGUGGCAGCCCUCAGCUACAAAAAUCAGCUGGGGGCUUCCAGGUACAUGUCAAUGGUCAUUACGAGGUUAAUAUUAGGCCUAGUGGCCAUACUGAAAACGUCAUGAUUUUAGGAUUUUUUUUUAAUGAUAUAGAUAGCAAAAUGGAAAAUAAGAG